AUGGGAGAUGGAGCUGAGAUUGUGAACAGGUCAGAUGGGGAAGAGAAGAAGGUUGCAGAGGAUACAAUUAGCGAUGAGCAAGUAGAGAAAAACGAGCUGGUGGGAUCUGAUGAAGCGAGGGAAAACGAAGAAGAGGUCUUUGAAGAAGCAAUUGGUUCGCAGGAGGGUGCAACACCUGAAACUCUCGAAGCCGAUGCGUUGCGCGAACAUUUACCUUUAGAGGCAACUCCUGAAAACUCCAUGGAUGAGCAUGAAGUGGUCGAUGAUCUGGAAGAAGUAAGUAGCAAUGAGACGGGAGUGAAAGCUUCCAAGGUUAAGUUUUCGGUAGUUGGAGAGAGCCAUGGAGAGGCUGAAUCUGAGUUUGUGACUCCCAACAUGAAUAAUGAUGAUAAGGGAGAAGCAGGAGCAGAAAGCUUGGAUGUGGAUGAAAACAGUGAGGAAGCUGCUAUGGAAAACGGAAAUGCACAUUCUUUUUCAGAAAAUGGAAUCGUCUCUCCUGAGAAUAAAGAACCGGUGGUGGCUGAAGUUGUAUCAACAAGUGCCUUGGAUGAUAGUAUUGAAGUAGUAAGUUCUGUUUCACCAACAGAGUCUAGAAGUAAUACUGCAGCAUCACCACUUGCUCGUCCAGCAGGUCUUGGUCGUGCUGAUCCUCUUUUGGAACCGGCACCACGUGUUCCUCAACAGCCUCGUGUCAAUGGCAAUGCGUCUCAGAAUCAGCCUCAGCAAGCUGAGGACUCUACUACCGCUGCAGAGACCGAUAAGCAUGAUGAGACCCGUGAGAAGCUCCAGUUGCUCAGGGUCAAAUUCUUGAGGCUUUCGCAUAGACUAGGACAAACUCCACAUAAUGUUGUUGUUGCUCAGGUUCUGUACAGGCUUGGCUUGGCUGAACAGUUGAGGGGCAGAACCGGAAGCCGUGUUGGUGCCUUUAGUUUCGAUCGAGCCAGUGCCAUGGCAGAGCAGCUUGAGGCAGCUGGACAGGAUCCACUUGGUUUUUCUUGUACGAUCAUGGUGCUCGGUAAAAGCGGGGUUGGUAAGAGCGCAACGAUCAAUUCUAUUUUCGAUGAAGUGAGAAUUUGUACUGAUGCAUUCCAGAUGGGGACAAAGAAGGUUCGGGAUGUUGAGGGUUUUGUUCAGGGAAUUAAGGUACGGGUGAUUGACACUCCCGGUCUCUUACCAUCCUGGUCUGAUCAACACAAGAACGAGAAGAUCCUGAAGUCUGUGAGGGCGUUCAUCAAGAAAAACCCACCUGACAUUGUAUUAUAUCUUGAUAGGCUGGAUAUGCAAAGCAGGGAUUCUGGUGACAUGCCUCUCUUGCGCACCAUCACUGAUGUUUUCGGACCAUCGAUAUGGUUUAAUGCCAUUGUGGGUUUGACUCACGCCGCUUCUGCUCCACCAGAUGGUCCAAAUGGUACUGCUUCUAGCUAUGACAUGUUUGUAACUCAACGUUCACAUGUCAUCCAGCAGGCCAUUCGCCAAGCAGCUGGAGAUAUGAGGCUCAUGAACCCUGUUUCUCUGGUUGAGAACCACUCUGCUUGCAGGACGAAUCGGGCAGGCCAGAGAGUAUUACCAAAUGGCCAAGUGUGGAAGCCUCAUUUGCUGUUACUCUCAUUUGCAUCCAAGAUCCUAGCAGAAGCAAAUGCUCUUUUGAAACUACAAGAUAACAAUACUCCAGGGAGACCAGUUGCAGCUCGGUCCAAGGCUCCGCCUUUGCCAUCUCUCCUCUCAUCGCUUCUGCUAUCAAGACCACAAGCUAAGCUUCCUGAAGAGCAGUAUGGUGAUGAAGAAGAUGACGAUGAUUUGGACGAAUCAUCAGAUUCUGAUGAAGAAUCGGAGUAUGAUCAGCUUCCUCCGUUUAAGCGAUUGACUAAAACAGAGAUGGCUAAGCUUAGUAAAUCUCAGAAGAAGCAGUAUCUCGAUGAGAUGGACUACCGGGAGAAACUGUUUAUGAAGAGGCAGAUGAAAGAGGAAAGAAAGAGACGUAAGAUGCUGAAGAAAUUUGCCGCCGAGAAUAAAGAUUUGCCUAACGGAUAUAGUGAAAAUGUGGAAGAGGAGAGAAACGAACCUGCAUCUGUUCCAGUUCCCUUGCCAGAUUUAUCUCUACCUGCAUCUUUCGACUCUGACAAUCCUACUCACCGAUACCGCUUCCUUGAUUCCUCCAAUCAAUGGCUUGUUAGGCCAGUCCUGGAAACUUAUGGGUGGGAUCACGACGUUGGCUACGAAGGUGUGAAUGCGGAAAGGCUUUUUGUUGUCAAAGAAAAAAUACCGAUAUCAUUCUUUGGCCAAGUGACAAAGGACAAGAAGGAUGCAAAUGUGCAGCUGGAAAUGGCCAGCUCGGUUAAACACGGAGAGGGCAGAUCAACCUCCCUAGGCCUUGACAUGCAAAGUGCUGGAAAGGAUCUGGCUUACACUGUUCGAAGUGAGACGAGAUUUAACAGUUUCAGGAAAAACAAAGCAGCAGCUGGUCUCUCUGUGACUCUAUUGGGUGAUUCGGUGUCUGCAGGGCUGAAAGUAGAGGAUAAGUUGAUUGCUAAUAAACGGUUCAGAAUGGUUAUGUCUGGUGGGGCAAUGACUAGCCGGGGAGAUGUUGCUUACGGUGGUAGCUUAGAAGCUCAGCUCAGAGAUAAAGACUAUCCGCUUGGUCGGUUUAUGUCGACUCUUGGGCUUUCGGUGAUGGAUUGGCACGGCGAUCUUGCUAUCGGAGGGAAUAUACAGUCGCAAGUGCCCAUUGGACGUUCCACUAACCUAAUCGCUCGUGCUAAUCUGAACAACAGAGGGACAGGGCAAGUAAGCAUCCGCGUAAACAGCUCUGAGCAGCUCCAGCUUGCUAUGGUUGCACUUAUUCCUCUGUUCAAGAAGUUACUUAGUUAUUAUUCCCCAGAGCAAAUGCAGUUUGGACAGUAA